CUUUAAAUAUGGAAAAAGACACGCUGCGCUCACAGUCUCUCCUCACUGCUCCAGAGAGACCCAGAACCCGCUUUUUCUUCAAGAUGUCAUCUGGGCACGAGCUGAACAAGUCCAUCACGAUGUGAGGACCGUGUUACGUGUUCAGAUUGAGUCGAAGAAACCAUUCCAGCGAGACAGCUCUCGGCGUCCCUCGACUUCAUUACUUGUACCCUCUUGAAAAGCGCCACAGCUUGCGCAGGUGAAGAUUUCAAAACACUGACUACAAGCGACUUGCCACGACUGCUGGAUGCCAGACUGAUCAUCUUUUAAAGGCGAAGUUUGUCACCAUGAGUACCGAAAAGAAAGUGGAAGAUGAGGCAGUCUUGGACAGAGGAGCGUCCUUUGUCAAACACGUCUGCGAUGAAGGGGAAGUUGAAGGUCACCACACUGUGUACAUUGGUGUGCAUGUUCCCAAAAGCUACCACCGCAGGAGACGCCACAGACGCAAGUCUGGCCACAAGGAGAAGCGGGAACGGGCGGAACACAGUUCAGAAGGAUACAAGUCGGAUGGGGAGAACGCAGACGAAUCCCCCGCAAGCAUCCUCAAGCCUCUCAUUUCUCCAGCUGAGAGGAUCAGGUUCAUCCUGGGAGAGGAGGACGAUGGUCCCCCACCCCCUCAGCUCUUCACCGAGCUGGACGAGCUCCUGGCCGUGGACGGUCAGGAGAUGGAGUGGACAGAGACAGCCAGAUGGAUCAAGUUUGAGGAGAAGGUGGAGAAGGGCGGCGAGCGCUGGAGCAAGCCGCACGUGGCCACGCUGUCCUUACACAGCUUGAUGGAACUGAAAAGUUGCAUCGAGAAGGGCACCAUCAUGCUGGACCUGGAGGCCUCCACACUGCCGCAGGUUGUCGAGAUGAUCACCGACAACCAGAUUGAGAUUGGUCAGUUGAAGGCGGACAUGAAGGAGAAGAUUAUGUACACGCUGCUACGGAAGCAUCGUCACCAGACCAAGAAGUCUAACUUGCGCUCCCUUGCUGACAUUGGCAAGAGUGUUUCCAGUGCAAGUAGGCUCUUUACCAACCAGGAGAAUGCGCGCACCCCCACUGAACAGCACCCUGUGCCUUGUUUAAACACACAAGACCCAGAGAAACCAUGUGAGGUCACGAGGAGCGCCAGCAUGGGAUACCUCUGUAGCCCGACUACAGCCCACAGAAACCUCACCUCCAACAGCCUGAGUGACUUCUCUGACAAACCAGAGAAGGAUCAGCUAAAGAAUAAAUUCAUGAAAAAAUUGCCCCGUGAUGCAGAGGCAUCCAACGUGCUGGUUGGAGAGGUGGACUUCCUGGAAACUCCUUUCGUGGCGUUUGUGCGUCUGCAGCAGGCCGUCAUGCUCGGGGCUCUGACCGAGGUCCCUGUGCCCACAAGAUUCCUCUUUGUCCUGCUGGGUCCCAAAGGUAAAGCAAAGUCCUAUCACGAAAUUGGAAGAGCAAUUGCCACCCUGAUGUCAGAUGAGGUGUUCCAUGAUAUUGCCUAUAAAGCCAAGGACAGGCAGGACCUGCUGGCUGGUAUCGAGGAGUUCCUGGAUGAGGUCAUCGUGCUGCCGCCCGGAGAGUGGGACCCUGACAUCAGGAUAGAGCCACCCAAGUCUCUGCCCUCGUCAGACAAAAGAAAGCACAUGUAUGCCGGAUCGGAGGCGCCUCAGAUGAACGGCGACACUCCCCAUGAUGCGGGACAUGGGGGGGGAGGAGGACACGAGGUCGGAGAGGAACUUCAGUUCACUAGAAAGUUUUGUGGAGGUCUUGUCCUGGACGUCAAGCGGAAGCUGCCGUUUUUUGCCAGCGACUUCUAUGAUGCGCUACACAUCCAGUCUCUGUCGGCCAUCUUGUUCAUCUAUCUGGGCACAGUCACCAACGCGAUCACGUUUGGAGGCUUACUUGGUGACGCUACGGAUAACAUGCAGGGAGUGUUGGAGAGUUUCCUGGGUACGGCACUGACAGGAGCAGUGUUCUGCCUGUUGGCUGGCCAGCCCCUGACGAUUCUCAGCAGCACAGGCCCGGUGCUCGUCUUUGAAAGACUCCUCUUCACUUUCAGCAAAGACAACACCCUGGACUACCUUGAGUUUCGGCUGUGGAUCGGCCUGUGGUCGGGAAUAUUCUGUCUGGUGCUGGUCGCCACGGAUGCCAGCUUCCUCGUGCAGUACUUCACGCGAUUCACCGAGGAAGGCUUCUCUGCGCUCAUCAGCUUCAUCUUCAUUUACGACGCUUUCAAGAAGAUGAUAAAGCUGGCCCACCACAACCCGAUUAACUCUGAUUAUGAUCCCAACUUUGUCACCUACUACGACUGCAGCUGCAUGCCUGCUGGAAACUCCUCAGCUCCUUUUGAUGUCUCUGCAUGGACAAACCGUACUGAUCUGUCUGUGAAUGCCACCUGGGCGUCCCUGACCAAGGAGCAGUGUCUGACGGUUGGGGGACAGCUGGUGGGAGAGGCCUGUGGCUAUGUGCCUGACAUCACCCUGAUGUCCUUAAUCUUGUUCUUUGGGACCUACACCUGCUCCAUGGGUCUGAAGCAGUUCAAGACGAGCCGCUUCUUUCCCACCACAGUGAGGAAGCUCAUCAGUGACUUUGCGAUCAUCUUGGCCAUUCUCCUCUUCUGUGGCGUGGACGCUUUUGUCGGUGUGGGCACUCCAAAGCUCAUAGUGCCAAGCGAAUUCAAGCCCACGAAUCCACUGAGGGGCUGGUUUAUUCCUCCUUUUGGAAGGAACCCUUGGUGGGUGUACCUGGCAGCCGCACUCCCCGCUAUACUGGUCACCAUUCUGAUAUUUAUGGACCAGCAGAUCACUGCUGUGAUCGUCAACAGGAAAGAGCACAAACUCAAGAAAGGAGCAGGGUAUCACUUGGACCUGUUAUUGGUUUCCAUCCUGAUAAUUGUCUGCUCUUUCAUGGGCCUGCCCUGGUACGUGGCCGCCACUGUCAUCUCCAUCGCCCACAUUGACUCUCUGAAAAUGGAGACCGAGACGUCGGCCCCCGGGGAGCAGCCUAAAUUCCUGGGUGUCAGGGAGCAAAGAGCCACUGGUAUCUUUGUGUUCCUCCUGACAGGACUCUCUGUCUUCAUGGCCCCGAUCCUCAAGUUCAUUCCCAUGCCUGUGCUCUACGGUGUGUUCCUCUACAUGGGUGUGGCGUCACUCAAUGGUGUCCAGUUCAUGGACCGCUUGCAGCUGCUCCUGAUGCCAGCCAAGCACCAGCCGGACCUGAUCUACCUGCGGCACGUCCCACAGAGACGCAUCCACCUCUUCACCUUCGUCCAGGUCCUGUGUUUGGCCCUCCUCUGGAUCCUCAAAUCCACCGUGGCCGCCAUCAUCUUCCCUGUCAUGAUCUUGGCGUUGGUUGCCGUUCGCAAGGCGAUGGACUACGUGUUCUCCCAGCACGACCUCAGCUACCUGGACGACGUCAUCCCAGAGAAAGACAAGAAAAAGAAAGAGGAUGAGAAGAAGAAGAAAAACAAGAAGAAGGGAAGCAUAGACAGCGAAAUCGACUUUUCUGACUACCCCUACCAAGAAAAUGUACCCAGUAUAAAAAUCUCUAUGGAUAUAAUGGAGCAGGAGCCCAUGUUGGGUGCUAAAUCUAUGGAUAGAGAUAAACCCCAGAAUUUCCUUAACCCGCAUUCAUCGUGCUGAGCGCUACUUUGAGUCUCCAACAGUGGCAGAGUGAUCUGGAGAGAGGUCCACACACAAAAGGUUUGCCUCAGAUUCGAAUAGACAGGAGAGCUAAGGAUAAAGCUUUCUUCUGGAGGAAGGGCUCCGAAUCAGAUCUGUGAAGGAAUUAUCCAAAGAUGCAACAGAACCAACGCAACAUGGCAAACAUCAUCUUUUGUACUAUCACACCACUUUGUAACAGUAUUUUUUUAAACAUAUUCCCUGCGUGAGGAUUUCAAUCAGAAUGGGUGGAAGUAUUUGUCGUUCAAUUGAAACACUUUGUUGGUACUGAGUUUAAUGCGGGCUGUCACAGGACCGGUUCGAGCACUCUUCAUCUGCAUGAGUUCACGCAGAAAACCAAAGGGCUACUUAAGGUCAUCUGUCUGCAGUUUGUAUAGGACAUUAUUUCUUAUGAAUGUCUGUGCUAAUAAUUUAUAACAAGCAUCCAGCUAAAAAUUUAUUAUCAUAAAAUAUUUCUGGGGUACAGUAAGUUUGUAGAACAAAGAGUUCUUCCAAAUAGCACUGGACGUAACCAGCCUCUCACCUGAUAGUACUGUUUUGAAUAUGAGUUCUUUUUUAAUGUUCCUUUUUGGAGUUUGAAGCACGACUACUGGAAUGUUUAGAUUAAAACAUAGUGGAGGUACUGCACAUCCUCCUUUUUACUUAUACUGAACAAAAGGGCUACAAAAGGUCAUGUAUGCACAGUUACAUCAAUAUUAUGUAUGGGCAUAACAAUUAUUUAACAAGCAUCCAUCUAAGCCUGCACAUUAACAAAACCCACCCAGGAGAGCGUGGAGAAUACCAUGUUUGUUUCUCUAUGGUAAGAAGUAAAUGGCUCAACUAUACAAACUAGAACUUUUUGGAACAUUUUUGUCAAAUCUUUCCUUUUUUCUUAUAUUUAUUAUAUUUAAACUGUCUGCAAAUGAAUUAGCUGUUUUAAUCGUAUGGCUAUAUCAUUUAACUUCCCCAAUUUGAAGAUAUUCUUUCUGUGGUCUAAAUCCACUCAGCUGUCUUUUCCUUGUUUUAGGGAGAUAUAGAUUAUACAUGAAUGUAGCUCUACCUCUUACAUUUCUGUAGGUGCCAGGCAUGUUUUUAUAUAUAUAUAUAUAUAAAAACAUCUGUCGCACAAUUGUGAUCAAAAACGGAUUUAUGUUACUCCAACUGGCACUGCGUAGGACCUCUGAAUCUGAAUCUUCACUUUGAGUUCUUUUUCGCUCUGACACUUAAGAGAUUGCAUUUUGUUUUUUUUUGCUUGUCAAUAUGAUAAAAUUUGGAAUGAUUUCUGCCAUGUUUUUAAAAGGUAAUUCCACAAAAAUCAUUUUCUUUUUGAAGUUUUGCUUACAGAAUUUAGGGGGAAAGCGAUGGCCUCCAACGUUCUCACACACUUGACUGUGUCCAUCCCUAAAAGCUUAUGAGUUUAACUUUCCUUUUUAAAAUGUGAUCAUUUUUCAAAUCAGAGUACUUUUUCUAAUCAUGCUAUGUGAGUGUUUUUGUUUUUAUUGCAAAUCAACAAACAAUCACUGUGAGGCAAUGAAAUGUUGUGACUUCCAUUCCUGGAAGAAAUACUGCUUUAAAGCGUACAGGGCAAAAGGUGUUUGUCCAACAGUUGACCAUUGACAUUUUGAUAAGACACUACCUUUUAAUGUAUCAUUAUCCAAAUUCCAUUUAGUGACAGUUUUAUGUCUUAAAUUUUCCUGUAUUAUUUAAAUGACUUGAUCAAGCGUCUAUUGCUGAUUGAAGUACACAUUGUACUUAACUUAAACUUAUUUAGGGUAUGAAUGCCUAUCUGAAUGUAAUAUCUCAAUCAUUUGAAAUACAUAUAUUCCUUGAAGAAACGGCCGUGCACAAUUAGCGCUGCUUCUGAUCUGAUUUGUAGAUAGGCGAUAAUUAAUGCUUCCGCAAUCACAUUAAUAUGCUUUCAAGAUGUGAAGCACAAGAAAGUAGUUUGGAACCAAAAAUCUAAAACCACAUUAUCUUCCGCUCCGCUCUGUUCUGUGAUCUGUACAUCUUGACUUUUUGACUCGGGUUCUGAUUCCACAAUCAAUGUAACGUUUUUGAACUCUGAAACAAAUUUUAUACACUGAUCUUAUGUGCUCUAAUAACCAUAGAUUACUCGAAAGAAAGCAGAUGUCUGUUUUUUUUAAGGUGUAGUGUUUUGAAUGAAAGCAAUAAAACAGUCCAAAUGAUUCUUAAA